UUCUUGCAUUUCUGCUUACUCACCUACCCCUUUCUUUGGUUGGUCUACAGGUUUAAAAAAAAAAACAAACGUUAAGAGUAUCUCCUGUCUGGCUUGGUCUGAAACAACAGCUGUAGUAUUUUCUACAUUUUCCCAAGAAAGGUAAUGUUUUGUGGCAGUGAGUGGCAUAUACAAAAAGCUAUUUUUAGGCUUUGCUUUCUAGGUUAAAAUUGUAGCUAAAUUAAGAGUUAGAAGGAACUAUCACGGAUAACCCAGACUUGAAUCUGAGCCUGACUGCGUCUUACAUUUGAAAACGUACACUCUUGAACUGAAGCAUCUUACUGAAAUAGACAGUGGUCAUUGUAACACCUUCACUAUAGCAGAACUCUUGUUGCCCUCGUGAUUGAAAAUUACUUCUAAGAAAUGCCUUUUGAAUUUAAAAGUAUUUGUUGAGAAGAUUUACAGGAGAGUUUUCAGUCUUUCAGUGGCCUUGAAAGGUAAUGCAAGAUCUUGCACCUUGCAUGGGAGAGGAGCACAGCCAUCUGUAUUGUAUGGUGCUGGGCAUGGAGCAUUGGGCUGUAGGGAAAGGAGUCGUGCCACCUCACGUGGUGUUGAGAGCUGAAUGGCAGUAUGUGCCUGCACAUAGGAAUUGUCCAGGAUUGGGCGAUUCUUUAUAUUUUUCCCCCAGAUUCUUCUCUAGUAUGAAGUGCCGCUUUUUACCAGGCAGAAAGGAUUCUAUUCUAAACUAAUAUCACAUCCAGGAGAGAGUUUUUUAACCCAACCCUCAUUUUGCCAGGAAGGAACCAAGGUGGCUGCAUGUGGGAACUGCUCAGGGUCACACUGCUGUGCUUUGACAUUUCUGACUACAUUAUGCUAACAACCCUGUGACAUACAGAUGAGGCAAGAAGCAUUUUUCAGAGUUGGGAUGGGAGGCUGAGAUCACAUGGACAUUCCGUAUGGAGUCCACAGUGAAAUUUAUGUCUUGCUGUGGGAAGGCUAGGAGCACAGGCCAUGAAAACGCGUCUCUUCCUGCUUUGUGAUGGUUAGGGAAGGAACACUGAGAAGGUCAAGUCCCUUAAGUCACUUCUCUGUCCAUAACAUACCUCAGUGCUGGAGGCUUUGAACAGCCCAAGUGCCAUUGUCUCUGUGAAUGGCAUUGUGAAGGGUCAGAGCCCAGCUCUGGAAGCCCCAGCCUUACUGUCUACAGCUUUGGCGCUGGUCCCUGCUCUUUGCCCACUAGGGUGUUUGCUCACUUUGGCUUCUCUGCUGACGUGAGCACCCGAAGGCUGUGCUCCACCUGGCUCCUGUGCCUCUCAGGCCGUGCCGCCUCUACUGGUCUGGUAAGUGUGGUGUCCCUAGGGAUGCGGCUCUCCUCUCCCUGCACUUCCCCUGGCUUCAGUUUUCUUCAUGAGCAUGUCUUCUGAGCUCCAGGCCCACAGACCACCUCCGUCCUCAGUACGUGCAUCUUCUGCGUGCCAGGUAUGGUCUCAGGUGCUGAGACCCCACUGCACAGGCUGGCACCUCAGAUAUCACUCCUGGCUUUAAGGGGCAGUCUCACCAACUGGAAGCCAGAGACAGAGCCAUUCUAGACUUCCUUCCCUCAUCUCUUAUUUCUAGAAUCCAAUGCCCCUUCCAUUUCCAGUGCCUGUGCCUUAGUUCAGUCCCUUGUCUCCAACCUGAACUGUUGAGACUGUUCUCCAGCUGGUCUCUAAAAUUUCCUUGUGUGUCUUCAUCUGGCCACAUAGUGCUAAAACACUUCCGUCCUUCCCUUGUGUGUCCCCCGUGAAAAGCUUUCAGUAUGGCUCCUGAGGCUUGCCCGGUCCCAUCUCUGCUGCCUUUUGCUGAACUUCCCGACCCCCUACCCUGCAUUUCCACCCUGACCCAGGGCCCCUCAUUACAGGUGGCGAGGCCAGCCUCCCCACCCUCUUUCCACUUGCCUUAAUCCAGUUGUUGCUGCCCUACUACACUUAAUCUUCUGGGGCCCCCAGCAUUAUUCCAGGCACAUAGAAGUGCUCUUGGUUGGUUGAUGGAUGAAGAAAUAGAAGAGCUCCCUUUUUUUUUCUUUUUUCUUUUUUCUUUUUCCUGCAGGACGGAAUACUGCAGUCACCAAAUGUCCCCACUGGCUAACCCCGGGCCCUGGAGCACAGAGGUCACACAAAGACCGCUUACCCCACCCAGGGAGAGCAGGUGUGUAACCUCCCAGUGUCUCCAGUGUGCUUCUCUUGGGUUAUGGUCUGGUGGGGCAGCUGCCCUGUCACCUGCUGUGACUGGAAGCUCAGAGAGGCGAUGGUUUGGGAGAGGAGUCCUGACUGGUCAGGGCUGUACCUGUACUGCAGUUCUUUCUAAGGUGCAGACUGGAUACUGUCCAAGUAUAUGCUUGAGAUGGAGCUGUGGGUAAUUCAUUCUCUUUCAGUAGCUUAAUUAGUCAUUGCUCUGCAGUGCACCUUGAGGUCACAGGUCAAAUGCUCAGGAAGUCUAUUGUGUGGCCAGGGAGUUCGUUCUGAUGCCCUGUCAUGCUUUAAACAGACUGACCUUUAGCCUGAAGGAUUACCCAAACUUUGCUCUGCAAUAAAAAAAGAAUGCCUGCAGGAGGGAAGAGAAUUGUUAAAGCAAAAUGAUCAAAGAUUUGUCGGCAGCUUUAUAAUACUAAACCCUCUGUUGCCGUGCUUUAAAAUUAGGAAUCUUAAAACCCAGGGAAAGGUCAAUUGAGGGCUAAUGCCAGUUCUCAAUGAAAAUUGAAUUGGUUGUUACAAAUUUAGCACCGUAAAGGCAAACAGUGACUCACUGGCCGAUUCAAACACGUGUUCUCUGGGAAGCAUGGCCCCACGUCUGCCCUGUGAUCCCCGCAUCGUGGCACCUCGGUUCUGUGCGCCCGCCCGCAACUCCCCGCGGAGCAGUCGAGCACAAAUGCAGGACCGCCACCCUGGCAGGUGCGGACUGCGGUCAGCAAGGCAUCGUUGCCACCCAGCCCUCGCUCUCUGCGAAGCCAGGUCCGAUUUAGAAGACAGCGUUAAAGGGAACUUGAUUAAAUUAUGAGACCUUCAAGUUGGACGCUGGUAAAUUCCUCCAGGCAGUUUCGGUUGCCUCCGCUCUCCCUUAACCCCCUCCCCUUCUCUGCGCCCAUCCGGACGUGCUCUUCCGCGGCUGUAGCCCAGGCCAAGCGCUGUAGCCGAGCCCUCCACCCUCCCCGGACGGCCACCCCCAGGCCAGGGGGCGGCGCUGCGGCGGCGCGGGGAGGGCCGCGGGGGUGGGGACGCCGGGCGGGGGCGGUGCGGCCGGGAGCGCGGGGAGCCGAGCGGCGGGCACCGGGGCCGGCAUGGCGUGGCCCUGCAUCAGCCGCCUCUGCUGCCUGGCGCGGCGCUGGAACCAGCUGGACCGCUCCGACGUGGCGGUGCCGCUGACCCUGCACAACUACUCGGACCUUGAGAGCGAGGAGCCGGGCCCGGGCGGCGGCGCCUCACGCAGGGGCCCGUCCCCUGCAGGCGCCCGGGACCCUGGCCGGGACGUGCCACUCACUCAGUACCAGCGGGACUUCGGUGUGUGGACGCCUGCGGGGCCCAGGGAUGCGCCGCAGGGGCGGGGGCCCGGUGCGAGCGGCCGCAGGAGCAGGCCCCCCACGGCCCCCAGCCGGGGCGUCUACGUGCUCCCCAUCGGCGACGCGGACGCGGCUGCAGCGGUGACCACGUCGUACAGACAGGAAUUCCAGGCUUGGACUGGAGUGAAGCCAUCGAGAUCCACAAAGGCAAAACCCACCACGGUCCUCACAACCCACAGCUCCGGCUGGGACGGCAGCCCUGGGGUCAGCUUCCAGGCUACUGAGGGGAGGAAGAAGUUCACCCCUAACCCGUCAGCCAUCUUUCAUGCUCCUGCUCCCCGGAUCCUCAACGUGUGACUGCCACCAAGGAAGAGUGCCAUAGUGGAGUCGGAACACAGUGCUGCUGAGAUGGGGAAUGGGGUGAGAUCUUGGGACUGGUUCCCUGCUGUCCCAGGGGAAAGGCCUGUCUUAUGCUGCGGGCACCACUCUCCCCCACUGCCACCCGGACUGCAGGCCUGGUGCAGAGCAGAGGCGCAGAUGGACAUGGCCCCACACAGCUGGGCUCUGGGCCUCAACCAUCCUCUUGUUCCUCAAGGCGAGUAUAGAAGGCUUCAGAUCUUUUUUAAAUUGCCUCUUUUGGCCACCCUUCCGUUUUUAAAUCUGAAGAACUUAAGGAUCAAUUCUGCUGUGAACUGAAUUGGUCCACGGGGGCUGAGGACUAGGGACAGAACAGUUGCUCGAAAGAAACCAGUAAGGUCCACCUUCUUGUUUUCCCAGGCUGCAUGGUAACUUUGUAACCUAUGGCCACCCACAGUACUGUCCUUGGAUAUUCCUACAAAUGGCCCCACCAUUCAGGUUGUAGAAGAAAUCUUAGGUAAUCACCUGCAUGUGACUCAUGAUGCUGAGUAACCAGGAUGACAUUUCCAAAAGGUACAGAGUAUCAGUUAUAUGGUUUCAAUUUCAAAGACAUAUUUUAGGGCCAAGAUGACCCUUACAUUUUAACAAAAGGUUUCUUGUGCUGAGUGCUUUAAGUACUGAGUGAAUGACAUUUACCUUGGGGCUUCUGAGCCCCAUAGUUUAUUACUAAUUCCAGUUUUUUCCCUUAACAGUGGACUAGAAGGGAACAUGGUACACACCUGCUAAGCAUUGGGAGCUUUUUGGGGUAAGAAGUGUCAUUAGCCUUACUCCCUGAGAGACGAGUGUCAUCUCUACCAGCCCCUGGACUCCCACCGUGCUCUCUCAGUCACAGGGAGCUGUGAGGAAGCAGCUGUUGUCUUUGGAAAGCUGCCUCCUUUCCCAGUAAGUCCCAGCCCAUGUGGCCACAGGGAGCCAGCCUGGCCCGGGUUUGCACAGCACAUGGUCAAACCUUCGAAGGAGUUUCUGCCCCUUCUUAUAGAUUAGGGUGCACAAGGUAAUGGCAGUUUUGGGUAAAGGAAACUCAAGGAUUUCCCUUUGGAUCUUUAUCCCGCUCCAGCCCCAAGGGGCUCUGGCGAACAUUUACUUAAGCAGCCCGCAGUGGCACUCAGGUUUCACAGCCCCUGAGAGCUGGAGGGAACCUGGUCCCUCAGAGGGGCUAGCUCUGGCUGGCACAGCCUUCCCUCAGUCCUGCAAAGGAGAUGCUCUGAAUCAUUUUAAAGCCAGAACCCAAAUCAUAUGCUUACACAAAGAGUUCCAUUAUUUCAGACUUCAUUGGUUUGCAUGUUAAAGGUUUCUGAGGGAAAAGAGACUGCCUGCUGCUGUGCAUUCUGUGGGAACUGAACAGAUUAACCGUACAAUCUGAUUUUACUAGAAUGCGAAAAUGCACUGUUACGGUUUGUUAUUUCCUUAAUUAUAAACAUGGAGCACCUUCUCCUAUGUCUUUAUCCUCCUCUUGGUAAUAAGGACUUUAUCAACUACUGCUGGUUGACCCUUGGAGGCUUGCAAAUCUUAGGGACUCCCCCUUGGGACUGCCCUCCACACUGGCGUUGGAUGCAGUACCUCACGGAGAUCACCACCCUCCCCGCAGCCGAGCCCUGGUGCGGUACCUCAGCGGGGUAACGGGGGCCUGCCUCUGGAAAGCAUAGUGCGUGCCCAAGGAACCUUUCUGGAACGUACCAGGACAGCUUUUCACAAAACCCCCAAUCCAAUCAUCGUCCUCACCAUACUUCAUUAGUAGGAGAUCUGGGUUCUGAAGAAGGAACUUCCUCCACCCAUGCUAGGUCUCAGUAAAGCCUGCCCUCAUGUUACUGGAGUGGCCUUCCAAAGCACCUGAGACCGUAGUCUCACCUGUGUGGUGUCAACCCCCAACAUAUGUCCUACACAUCUAUAUAAACUAGAUAAAGAUAGAAAAAUACAUUGGAAUACUAAUGGUGGUUAUCUUCGGGAAGGGGAAUUAUGGGUAACAAAUUUUUUACACCUUGCUAUAUUUGCUAAAGUUUCUACAUAAGCAUUUUUGUAUUAAUUCUGUAAAGAGCAAUGUUUUUAAAAAUAAAAAGUUCAAUCUGUUAGCUAAUUUCAGCCAAAA